AUGAAAAGAAAAUACCACCAUUUACUUGACGAAGAAGAAUAUGAUACAAUCAUGAAGCUAGUCCUCGGUACUUUUAGGAUAAAAUGCAAAGACAGAACCAGGAGGCAGAAAAAUGCAGCUCUCAAAUAUUGGCGAAACAAGAACAGUUUCUCUGUAGAAGACGGGGAAUUAAGAUUUGAUGGGAAAAGGGUUUUACACAAAUCUAAACUUAACUCAGUUGUUAAGAAAGCUUUUGAUUCAGCAAGUGGUUGUGGAGCAAGACCACUUUAUGUAAACUUGAGCAAAGAAUAUAGUGCUGUGUCCGAGAGGAAAAUUCUCCGAGAGUAUAACAAAUCAAAGAGGUACCAAAAAUUUUUCCCAAACUUCAGUAAUAGACCACUAAACAAGGCUAUCACAGCAGAUCGUGUAAAUGAGAGAUGGCAAAUAGAUCUGAUUGACAUGAAGAACGAUGUUAUUAAAAGUAAUUGUCAAACAUAUCGCUACAUAUUAUCCAUUUUAGACGUUUUCUCUCGGUUUUUGAUUUUAAGACCAUUAAAGCGAAAAACAAGCAGACAAAUUGCCAUUGAAUUGGAGAGAGUAUUUUCGGAGCAUGGAAAGCCUUCGAUUUUACAGUGUGAUCAAGGUACUGAAUUUAAGGGAAGAUUUGAAAGAAUGUUACAUAGAAACAAAAUUAAGUUGAUCAGAAGCCGACCUUACCACCCGCAAUCCCAAGGAAAGUGCGAACGUAGUCAUCGUGUUGUCCGAAACAAAAUCGCUUUCUUGAAGACAAAAAGACGUGGAUUUAAUUGGGCAGCUGAGCUACACAAAGUUCAGUUCGCAAUUAAUGAAAACCCGAAGGAAGUCUUAGGCUAUUUGACGCCAUCUGAGGUUUACACCUCCCGUCAAAAUAAAGACCUGCUCCAAAAAGUUCGCAAGGCAUCAGAAAGAUGUAACAGGCGAAAACAACGGCGUGAGCUCAGGCAAGGAGAAAGGAGAACAUAUUUUUUUCAGAUACCCAUUCUCAUCUCGCGUUCCAAGAAGGAUAUAUAUUUUCAAAGGAAAAAUGAUGCAAAGAAAAUUAAAUUCGAACCAGUACAAAGUUAG